AUGGAUGAGAACAGCAGGCGGAGGAGGCUGGAUGAACCGCCAUCUAUAGGAUCGGAUCUUCGAUUUAAUGCGGGCCAGGGCCAAGAUAGACGCUUUCCCAAUCCACCCGGCGACGGGCAUCAGUCUGGAUCUUCAACAGCAGCUCCAUCAGCAAGCCGAGGACCUGGCGGACCGGCGACAUAUUCAGGAGGAUAUUACCAAGAGCCCCAACCUGGGUUCGGAGCUGCGUUGCCAGCCAGUACCUUGCAGUAUCCCCCGGGUUAUCCACAAGACCAAAGACAGCAGCAGGGCUUUACCACUUAUAAUCCGGACCUUAUGUACAAUGUCGCACAGCCAGCACCACAAGGUGCCGUCUACGAAUCUCAUCAGUUUCAGGGGCGGCAACCGGCGCCGAUGCAGAUGCUGUCGGACGUUGCAGCACCUUAUUUCCCGAACGAGUCAACUAGUGCGCCUGGCCCUCCAGGUGGUCUGCAACACCAUGCAUCGUCAGAUGCCUCAGCGGCUUAUCCACCGCAUCGACAAAGCCCGGGGAAUCGCUCUCAUAUGCUCCAACAAGGGUAUGCUGGCUCGAUGACAAUGGAGGGAAUGUCUCAAGCCGCGCCAGAUGUUCUCCAGGAAGAGGGGUUCCAACCGCAAAGCUCUAGCAUGGAGGUGGCUUACGCUACGUAUCAAACUGCCUUGAAGGAGGUCUUCCAAAACAUUAUAGACGGCCGUCUCGCCAUCGGUGGACGCUCGCUGCUAGAAGUCUCGGAGUGGUUAGUGAGGGAAAUUGGGCAAUUAGGUAUGCGCCAAACCCUCGAUGCGGUUACCUCCGCUGACGGCUCCCAUCAAGGCCUUACUGUAGACGAUCCUCCAAAACACGGUGAUCGGAUACGCUUGUGGGGGGAGUUCAAUACCGCCUGGCUCAGCAUCUUCCAAAAGCAGAAAGACCUGCUUGGACUACAAUUACAACCUUCCCAGGAAUUGAUGCCUCGAGAUCUCAUCAACAAGAUGGCGAAAGAUUUAAUACGGAUGUGCGACGCUAUCGAGAAGUAUGGUCUUGUUGAUUACCAGUAUGGUAUUGCGGAGGAGCAGAUUAUUGCGAUUCUUACGGAAUGUCUUGACCUGCAAGAAUCGCUCGAAGGCGGAGGAGCAUCAGGCUCUGUGCAAAAUCGAGCAGCCCCUCCUUGA